UACGGACGUGUUUUUUUUUAAACUUUUGCAAAUUGAUAUUUCCGCCGCUUUCGUUAAAUUAAUUUAUCAAUAAAUGUUAUCUGUAGCCUAAACAGUCCUCAUAGCACAAUACAUUACGUUAAUAAAAAAUAGUCAAUAAUAAUUAUUUUUUGAACGUACAAAAAAAAAUUAUAAAACAAUAGUGAUUUGAUAUUGUUGUGGGUGUGAGAAAGUUAUAAAAAACUUAUUAUACCGAAGUCAUAGAGAUAAAUGAAAAAUACAUUACUGAUUAUGAAAAAUGUGGUUCAAUACAAAAGUGAAAUAACAAAUGGUUUUAUUCGUAAUAUAAACAAACGGUUAUUGUUAUCAAAAUAUUUAUGAUACUUGAUACAAAUUGGAAUCAAAGAGCAGUGUGGGUAAACGUAUAUCAACAGAAUAGAGAAAAUAUUCAUCAUCUGAUGACAUGACUGCAAUUUCUUUAUACAUUAUAUAAUUCAGUUUUGACCAAUUGUUAGCACAAGAUAAAAUAAUGCCCGGUUCAUUUCCUCCAAAUAAUGACAAUUUCAGCAAUGGUUUUCCAGCGCCAGUCGAAAGGUUUCUUCAAUCACAAAAUCGGCGUAAAUUUAGUUUUCCAGCAACCAUACAUUCCACAUCACUGCUCGAGGUCAACCAAAACUCAGCGCGCAGAAGGUUGAGCAAUGUAAGUGAUGUUGUAACGCGAAAAUUAUCUUAUACCAUAGGUUGGAAGGCAGCACAAAUACCCGCUCAGGACAUUAUAAACCAGGGUCGUUGCAUUUGUGGACAAUAUAUAAAAAGACGUCUUAGACGUUCUGGAUUAUUUAACAAAAAGCUGGGACUGCAAAGAAUACGUAGUAUAUUGGGUACUUCUUCAAUGAAUAUAGUACGAGAUGUAUUUCCAGCUGUAAUGGUGCUUGGCGAUGAAUUGGAACGCAUGCAUCCACGCGUUUAUACCGGCGUAGCUCGCCAAAUUUGUCGAACACCAACUGGUGAAUUUUCAGUUGAUACCUUAACUUUAGUUUUGAGCACUGUGGCAAGAGAUCUCUUUCGUACUGAUAUUACCUGGAGUAAAAUUAUUUCAUUAUUUGCUAUAGCGGGCGGACUUUCGGUAGACUGCGUACGGCAAGGUCAUUCAGAAUAUUUAAAUAAAUUAAUGCAAAGUGUAUCCGAUGUAAUUGAAGAUGAGUUAGUGCCUUGGAUAAAUGAAAAUGGCGGUUGGAAUGGCAUCAAUACACAUGUUCAUCCAAACAACAAUAGUCUGAACUCUUUGGAAUGGACCACACUUGUUAUUGGCUGUAGCUUCGGAUUAUUUUUAUUAUUUUUACUAAUAAGGUUUAUUAUCGAAAAACGUAUGCCUUCACCGCAGCCAGCCAGAUUGCGACCAAAAACAAAAUCGGCAUCAUUAGACCAGGAUAGGUUUUUACAAAAUCGUAAAUCUUCAGAAUGGAAACUACACGCUCAAACUUCAUUAACCCGUGCACCAUCAACUUCAUCACUAGCAAGCACAGUAACGGCAGGCAACUAUCAAGAAUAUAAAAUGGAGAUCAUAAAUCAGGGCAAAUGUCUUUGCGGGCAAUACAUACGAGCGCGUCUUAGACGGGCUGGAGUACUCAAUAGAAAGGCAACACAACGUUUACGUUCCAUAUUGGAGCCUUCCUCAGAUAUUGUAUAUGAAGUGUUUCCAGCCUUAAAUAGUAUGGGUGAAGAGCUGGAACGUAUGCAUCCACGCGUUUAUACCAAUGUCUCGCGGCAAUUAUCCCGUGCACCAUUUGGUGAACUGGAAGAUAGUGAUACAGCGCCUAUGCUGUUAAAUUUAGUGGCCAAAGAUCUCUUUCGUUCAAGUGUAACAUGGGGCAAAAUAAUAUCGAUAUUUGCCGUUUGUGGUGGUUUUGCCAUCGACUGUGUAAGGCAGGGUCAUUACGAUUAUUUACAAUAUUUAGUUGAUGGCAUGGCUGAAAUAAUCGAAGAUGAUCUGGCAUAUUGGCUAGCGGAUAAUGGUGGUUGGUUGGGCUUACAACGUCAUAUACGUCCACAGGUUGGGCAAUUUACCUUUCUCGGUUGGUUGUCGUUGUUCGUGGCUGUGUCUUCGGGCGUAUAUGUUAUCUCAAAUUUUAUUAAGCAUAUUGGUUGCCAUUUGUAUUCAUUGUUAUUUUAAUGAGUAGUCAAUUUAUAUUUAAAUUUUAUUUAGUUU